GUCAGGUCACUCUUGCUCGGCACUGCAUGUGUUUCUCGUGUUUUUGCACCACUCGUUUGUUUCACGACUUCUUCGCGAACGGUUUUGUCGGGAGUUUUCGCUAAUUUGGAACCGCAUUCCUCGGGGAACACCUCGGGAAAAUGGUUCGCCACAACAACCAGCUGCCGGACAACCUCCCGCAGCUGCAGAAUCUGAUCAAACGGGAUGCGGAAUCGUACCGGGAGGAAUUCCUGCAGCAGUACCAGCACUUCCUGAGCGUGCUGGAAAUCUUCAGGUUAGAACCGGACAAGGAGAAUAAGAGCUUGUGCGAGUCGAUUAUGUUCUUGGCCCAGGUGGCACAAUGUUACGUAGAAGACUUAAAGACGUUCCCUCAAACGAUCGUGGAUCUACUGAAGACUCAUUCGACUACGUUGGAUCCGGAAAUGCGGAACACAUUCUGCCGGGCGCUUAUUUUGCUUCGCAAUAAGAAUCUGAUAUCACCUUUGGACUUGCUGGAGCUAUUUUUCCAAUUGCUACGCUGCCCGGACAAAGCUCUCCGGAAGUUCCUGGAAAAUCACAUUAUUACCGACAUCAAGAACAUGAACGCCAAGCAGAAGGAUAUGAAGCUGAAUUCUACUUUGCAAAACUUCAUGUACACAAUGCUGAAGGAUGCCAACCCGAAGGCGGCCAAAAUGUCCAUCGAUAUCAUGAUCGAGCUGUACAAGAAGCGUAUCUGGAAUGAUGCUAAAACCGUAAAUGUCAUUGCGACGGUCGGAUGCUUCUCAAAGGUCACCAAAGUGAUGGUGGCCUCGCUCAAGUUCUUCCUGGGAACCGAUGAAGAGGAGGAAAAAUCCGACGACGACAGCGACAAAGAGGUGGACCUGAAAGGAGUCAUGAUGGCCACCCGGGUCAACAAGAAGACCAAGAAACGCAAGAAGCAACUGGAAGCGGCGAAGAAGCUGUACAAUCAGGCCCAAAAGAAGAAAACCAAGGCGGUGUCGUUUAACUUUUCCGCCGUGCACUUGAUUCACAAUCCGCAGGGAAUGGCCGAGAGCCUGUUCAAGCAGUUGCAGGAUGGAAACGAGCGGUUCGAGGUGAAGCUGAUGCAUCUGGAUGUGAUUUCGAGGCUUAUUGGCAUCCACGAGCUGUUCCUGUUCAGUUUUUAUCCGUAUAUUACGAGGUUCGUCCAGCCUCACCAGCGGCAAGUCACGCGUAUCCUCCAGUUUGCAGCCCAGGCUUCGCACGAGCUGGUACCACCGGAGUUGAUCGAACCCGUGAUCAAGACCUUGGUGAACAAUUUCGUCACCGAGCGUAACUCUAGUGACGUGAUGGCCAUCGGCUUGAAUGCCUGCCGUGAGAUCUGCGUUCGGUGCCCUCUGGCGAUGAACGAAGACCUGCUGAGGGAUUUGACCAUGUACAAAAAUUACAAGGAAAAAUCCGUCAUGAUGGCGGCCAAAUCUCUGAUAUUGCUGUAUCGCGAACAGAUGCCGACGCUGCUGGCCAAAAAGGAUCGCGGUCGUCCGACUGAGGCGAGCGUUGAGAUAAAGCCCAAGAAAUACGGCGAAGUGCAAGCCGUGGAUCACAUUCCGGGUACGGAGGCCUUGCUGAAUGCUGCACCGGCGCUUGAUGUGGACGGGGAAGAGGAUGACGACGCUUCUGAUUCGGAUGGAAACUGGGUGGACGUUGAUAGCGACGAUGAAGUUAUUGAGGAGAAGAAGAAGGGCAUCACGAUGAUUAAGAAAUCAAAGCCUGAGGAAGAAGACGAAGAAGCAGAAGAAGCAUCCGACGAAGAGGAUGAAGACGAUGAUGGUGAAUGGGAAACAGAUUCCGAAGCCUGCAGUGAAGACAUCGAAGAAGAGGCAGAACCAGAGGAAGAACAACAGAAAGAAAAGCCGAAAUCGUCACUCAAACAAGAAGCUAACGCUAACAAGAAGCAACCUAAAAAUCGAAGUAAAUCAACAUCGAACUCUGCAGAACAGGAAGCUUCGGUUGGAACGACCUUAUCCUCCAAGGAAGCCAUUCAGGAGCUGGCUCUGACCAAAAUCUUCACCGAUGCGGACUUCCAGCGGAUCGAGCAGGAGCAGAUCAAGAAGAAGAUGACCCACAACACGCGAAAACGACAGCUGGAAAAGGAGAAGAGCGAAUUCGUCAAACUGGACGAUAUCGAGCUGAUUUACAAGAAGCGCAAAACGGACCGGGAAGCGCGUAUCGAGAGCAUGAAGAAGGGCCGCGAAGGGCGAGAGAAGUUCGGUUACAAGGACAACCGACACGAUCCGUUCUGCUCGAAGACGAACACCGAGAAGCGGAAGAACAAGAACUUCAACAUGAUCCGGCACAAGGCGCGCGGCAAGGUGAAGAAAUCGUUCCGCGAGAAACAGCUCGCGUUGAGGAAGCAUCUGACUCACAUGAAGAAAAUGAAGUAAAUCGGUACAUCUAUAAAUGUGUAUAAUGAACAAUACAAAAUGUAAUAAAUG